AUGUCCGAUACCGCAAACAAAUACUCUAUCUUCGAACGCGUCGCAGCACGCUUGGCAAGUCAUUGGUUUAGCUCGACUGGAAUAACAGAUAGAGACUAUCUUUGGAUCUCUUACGGCAUGGUUGCCAAGAUGCUUACUCCUGAGAAACCUUUCGAGGAAUGGAACCCGCCUUCUCUUGCGGAGGUAGACAAGUUCAUUAGUUGGGUAAAGGAACACACAGAGACCAACAUUGACAGCUUCACUUGGGACUAUCGGGUAGGUGCAGCAUACAUCGGCUUUGAACAUCACAAAGAAGCCAUCGUUGCGCUGGAGAAAGCCGAGCAAAACUCCCAGAAAAGCUGGGGCCUUUACGUCAAUCUAGCCAGAGCCCACGAGAGCGAAAAGAAUCAUCGCAUGGCACUCAAGUACAUACAAGACUUCAAAUCGUUCGGCGACCCAUCUAUCGAGGCAGAGGAUGGCUACAAGGAUACCUACUAUGACUUGCUCCUACUGGAAGGAACUUGUCAUCGAGAAUGUCAUGACCAUGAGUCCGCUGUCAAGUCAUUUCAAGAACUUCUAGGCCAAGUCGUCGACGAAGACUCCGGAAUGAGUUGGACCCACAUUCGUGCUGUUGCGGAACUGUUCACGACCUGGUCAGAAAUGAAAAACUAUCAAUCCAUCACGAACUUUAUUCUCAACCGGAAAGACGCGCCAGCGCAAAGUCAUGAUACCACUUAUUUGUUGCGGGAAGCGGCAUAUUAUGAGGAUUUGCAUACAAGCAUCAUCGUAGCUGCGAAAUAUGCUGGAGUCGUAGAAAAGGUCAUCUCCGUGUACCAGGAAGCCAUUGAUUACAAGCCGUUAGACCCAUCCACAGCAGAUGGGCCGAAAAUAGACAGCUCUGCUGAAGCAACAGAAUCACUGCGGUACUUCCAAGCCGUUCUCAGGUUCCACGGAAGUGAACAUCAGCAUGAUCAACAUCGGAGCAUACAGUACUGGGAAGAAGUUGUCCGGCGAUCUGAUGAAAUCUCAGCGUCGUACACUACAGCAUACACUGCUAGCCGCAAGCUAGCUUCGAUUCUUCUUGAUAAGGCAGUCGCUGAACUCGCAACAGCUUCAUCAGACUCCUCCGAGAACUACAUCAACAGAUUGGAGAAGCUCGCUAAUUUGAACACCACGUUAAUCUGCGAUCUUCGUCAAGGUUAUCUCGACCCUCGCCUCUGCUUGGCUAGAUUAUACCACCUGAAAAAAGACCAAGCUUCAGCUUUCGUACAGGUGCGGGCUCGACUUUGUAGUGUCUUCGAUAAGUGGCCUGAAGUUCCAGGGGAUGAUUCGUCUCGCCUUCGUUUCUCGAACCUUGCCCAGACGCUGACUGUCCUUGACAAAGACAUCGAUGCUGUUGCAGCAUGGCAAGCAAUCAAACCAUACCAAUUGUCGAAUGCCUCGACAGUGGAUGCGAAUGGUGCAGACAUUGAACAGCUUGCGCAACCAGGCCUUGAAGUUCCAGGCGCCGAUGGUACGUCAACGACUUCUGACAAGAAGGUACAAGACGAUCAAGACGCAUCCAAGCCAGACACAACGACAGCCAAGGCGUACAUAUGGGGUUAUACAUGCGAUGGGAGCUGCGGAAUCGAAUGGAAAGAUAUGUUAGUCGACUGUUACGUGUGCAAGCACUGUCUCUGCAGGCAAUUUUGUCCAAAAUGUUACGAUAAGCUAAAAGCCGGCGACUUACACCCUCUGAUCUGCAACAAGGACCACAAAAUGCUCCGGUUACCGCCCUUCGAUUGGGCCAAAUGGCGUACUAUACCGGCAGGCAUGAUGACCCUGGACAGCCAGCUAGUCCCCUGCACGGAGUGGGUAGACAGGAUUCGUAAGGAGUACGAUGUGGAACAAACACAGAUUGAUUACAUCAAGAUCGAAAAGGCGAGGCAACUGAAAGCUGCUAGUAUCAUUGUGGGAAAAUGGCGCAGUAGGUUGAAGAGAAUCAGGGCCAAAAAACCGGCGAUAGCACCUACACUUCGCCGAGUGAAGACGGUCGGAUAG